AACUCAUCCCGCACGUAGAGAGAGAGAGGUAUUAGCGGCAGCGGCGGGGGCAGGGACUGGGCAAUAUAAAUAUACACACAUAUUCCUGUGCCUCACUCUCAUACUCGCACGGAGUGCUCACACCGCCGGCCGGGGCUAUACUAUAGGUGUGUGGGAUAGGGGGGGUGAAGCUGCUGCUGCUUAUGUACAGCCCAGUCACUGCUGCCUGUUUAUACCCCCAUAGGGACAAGACUGAGCCCUUCCAGUUACUAGGGGGCAGAGUAUUUCCACUGUAUGCGAGCAUAUAGGCACCUCAUAGAGUGGAGCUGCUCACCCUGCAUCUGGGCACUGUGGCCCCUCAUUGCUGGGCUGCCAGCUUGGCUGUAGGUGCCUUUUAUUUCACUUUGCUCUCUUUUUCUCAGUUUUGCUGUGCAAGUCCCUGUUGGAGGUCCUGAGUCCCCUAUGCCACCAGGAUCUCCCCCAGUAGUGUUCUCGGACAUGCCCCUCAUGCACAGCCCAGCUCUGGACCUGGAGAAGCUGGCGCUGGAGCGGGUCGUGCCUCGCUUGCUCGCCUCUGGAUACUGCUAUUUGGACAACUUCCUAGGGGAGGAGAUAGGGAACCGUGUGCUGGAGAAAGUCAGGCGAUUGUACCAGGACGGGGCGCUGAAGGAUGGGCAGCUGGCCGGGCACCUGCAAGGAGUCUCCAAGAAACACCUGAGAGGUGACAAGAUUGCUUGGGUCGCCGGGACAGAAGAAGGAUGCGAGGCCAUCGGACUGGUUUUGUCAGUUAUUGACCGACUGGUGAUGCUCUGUGGCAACCGACUUGGCCAAUACUAUGUGAAAGAAAGGUCCAAGGCCAUGGUAGCAUGUUAUCCUGGCAACGGUGCUGGAUAUGUGCGCCAUGUGGACAAUCCAACGGGAGACGGACGUUGUAUCACCUGCAUUUAUUACCUGAACAAAGACUGGGAUGCAAAGAUUCAUGGUGGGAUCUUGCGAAUAUUCCCUGAAGGCGGUCCCCAUGUGGCAGAUAUUGAACCUCUCUUCGACCGGCUGCUUUUCUUUUGGUCUGACAGACGUAACCCACAUGAGGUGCAACCAUCUUAUUCAACCAGAUAUGCCCUAACGGUCUGGUAUUUUGAUGCCAAAGAGAGGGCGGCAGCCAAACAGAAAUUCAAGAGACUGAGUGAGUCUACAGAAGAGCCUCCCACCAAAGAAAGCUGAUGGAGGGGUGCUCAUUACCUCAGCGGUGAGAUCUCAAAGGGAUGUGCUGCUUCUGUCAACUCUAAACCUGCUGGACAAGUGUUUUUGAAGCACUGGAUUUUGUUGGUGGAAAGUCCAUGUUGUGUGCGUGCAUUGAUGGCUUUCCCACAGACAAACGCUGUGGCUCCUUCCUCCCUCAAUCACCAUGAACUCCUUGAGAAUGUAUUUAGCUGUUCCUUUUCCAUAGGCUUCCCAUAAGUGCUUCCUCUCCCCGCCUUGCACAAUGACUUCGGAUUGGAGGUGAUCUCAUGGUCUUUAUACAGUAACUGUACUGACUGUAAGGGGAAUCCAUCCCCAGUGCAGUGAGGGGAAACCAUAAUGGGCCAGAUCCAACCUAGUAGGAGGAACUACAGUGUGGAGAUAUGAGCACCCACCCCAAAAAAGGGAAUAAAUGAGUGACUUUGAGCACCCUCUCCAAUACAUGGAUGUGCUCAGUAAGCAGAUUGAUGCUCCAUCCCUCAUUGGUAUGCAGAACCCCAGAGCCAAGUGCUCUCUUCCCAGGAACUGCUGUGAGUGGGGCUGUCAGCAAAGGGUAACAGGUACAGCAUGUAGGACAUAUGCCUCGCUCCGAGGAACAGUAUCGCUCCCAUCCAGGCAGAUGUGGACCAGCCAUCCAUAUAUAUAUAUAUAUAUAUAUAUAGAUUUAUUUUGCUCCGUCCCUGCCUCAGGCACUGGCUGUGCGCUCUGCUGAUACAUAUUUUUUAUCUUCUGGUACAGUCAUUUUUUUUUUUCUAUUGCAGUUGAAUGUUCCUUUAUUGGUCCUGUGACAAAGGCAAACUAACAGAAUCAUUAAUGCACAAACAGAUAAGAUCUAAAAGGUGUUCUCUGCAGGUGUGGAAAUAAUAAAGGAAUAACCAAAAAA